AUGGAGGACCACGUCGGCCACGUUCGCGCAGUAUGCGCCGUGUUACGCAAGGAGAAGCUUUAUGCUCGACUCUCCAAAUGUGCGUUUCGUCGUAACGAGAUUGCAUUUUUAGGGCAUAUGGUUUCCGACGAAGGUCUGCAGGUCGACCCAAAGAAGACCGAUGCUAUUGCUCAGUUUCAAGCUCCGACGUGUCGCAAGGAGCUGCUGAGUUUUCUCGGGCUGGCUGGGUAUUACCGUCGCUUCAUCUGCGAUUUUGCCAAGCUUUCACGUCCUCUUCGAGCAUUAACCAAACACGAGACUCGCUGGAGCUGGGGGGAGGAUCAACAGCGAUCAUUUAACGCGUUAAAACUCGCACUUCAGCAGGGUCCGACGCUAAAGCUGCCAGACUUUACGCACCCUUUUCUUGUCACUACGGAUGCGUCUGGGUUCUGCAUGGGCGAUGUCCUCUCUCAGCGCAUCAAUAAUAGCGACCACGCCAUCGCAUUUUACUCGAAACAUCUGGACCCCCACGAAUUAAAAUGGCCCGCUCAUGAAAAAGAGCUGCUAGCAAUCAAGACUUCUUUAAAACAUGGCGCCAGUAUCUCCACGGACAACACUUUUCAGUCUACACCGACAAUUCAGCGUGCAAAUCGAUGCUCCACCAUCCUAAAGUGUCGCCCAAGAUGGCACGCAUGCUGA